UCUCCCAAAAGAGAUCAUUUGGUUGAUGGGGGCACCUGGGAGUGGCAAAGGAACACACACUAAUUCAAUUCUAAAAGCUCGUGGAAUAACCAAUCCAGCGAUUUGUAUGUCAGCCCUUUUAUCCACUCCAGAUUGCAAAGACCUUAUAAACAAGGGUCAAAUGAUCAGUGACGGAAAGGUUUUAGAAAACUUACUACGUGCACUUCUUAAUUGUGAUCCUACCGUGGGAUGUCUCGUCGAUGGAUUCCCUCGCACGGAUAUCCAGGCCGAAUGCCUGAAACUUUUAUACGACAAAAUGCACGAAUUGCGUCGAGAAUAUUGGAAAACCCCGCUGCAGGACAACUUCCCUCGUCCCACGUUCCGUAUUUGCGUCUUGUAUGUCGACGAGGAAGUAUCCGUAGCCCGUCAGAUAUCACGGGGAAAUAAGAUACGAGAACACAACGCUCAAGUUCGAAUGACGGGACAAGGGGUACUUUUAGAGGAACGGGUCACCGAUUAUGACGAAAUGUUAAUUCGAGCGCGCUACCGGAUAUUCAAAGAACAUUUUGGUGCUUUGAUGAAACUUGGAAACCUAUUCCCAUUUCAUCUCAUCAAUGCUAUCGGAACCAUCGAUGAGGUGAUGCACGUGAUCAUCAAAGAAUUCGAGUACCAGAGUUCUCUCGAACUUG